GGUGUUCAACAAUAAUUGAAAGUGAAAGCUUCCCGUCCGGAGUAUAACCAAAUUAGAAAGUUCAGACUCGGAGUUUCAUGUAAUUUUUUGUUCACUUGCGUGAAGUAUUUUAAGGAGAAAUAAAAAAAAAAUGUCAUCCAUCCAAUUCUUUGGCUGGGAGGCUUUCUAUGAUGAAGAUCGUCAUCUUCGGGCAAACCAGGAAGCCAAAUCAGGCAGACGCUAUACAAUGUAUCACGGCACCUCUGUGCAGCAAGCUCGUCAGAUCAUAACAAAUGGGUUCAGGCCAUCAGCAGAUGGAAUGCUAGGACCUGGUGUUUAUGUGAGCCGUGACCAGAAGAAAGCAGAGCGCUAUCCUCUGAGAUCACAACCUACUGACAGAAUAGUGCUUAAAUUAAGCGUCGACUGUGGAAAAAUCAAAAAAAUUGAUAAGGACAACCAUCCCAUGCAGACGACCUGGAAUAGCCAUGGCUAUGACACGGCCUGGGUACCUCCUAACUGUGGCAUGAAAGCUGUGCCUAGCGGUCUCGAAGAGGACUGUGUCUUUGACCCAGCACGUAUCGAGGUCACAGAUAUUGCUCUUGCUCCCAACAUGACCAUCUUAACUGAGCUCAAACAGCUCAUUUCUCAAAGCCAAAAGGCUCCAACAAAUUUGAACACCUCAGGUACUUGUGCAGUGUGCAAGUUAAAAGUAGGCCCUGCUCAUACUGUACAGGUGUGUUGGGGAUGUGGAGAGACUAUCUGCACCCUUAUGAUCAAACACAAGUGUGAUGUCUAUUAAUCAGAACUGAUCAUGACGGAUGCUUCAUCCAGAGGCUUGUUUUAGGCUGGAUUGUUGACAUGUAAUUAAUGUUUACAGUUGAACUGAAACCAGUUUUAUCUGUGUAUAUAAGAUUUGACUUUCCUCAUAGUUCUCAGGGACUCACAAUCAUCUUUGGCAUUCAUCCUCUGACAAUCACUUUUUUUCAGCACCAUAUUUGAGUUUAUAAACAAAACUGAAAGUAUAUUGAUUGCCUAUGAUUUAAUGGUCUAUACUAUAUUUAAAUUUAUUUAAAAAAAAAAUAUUAAAAAAAAUGCAUCCAUUUUGUGCAUUAUGGUUGAAAAUAGAUGAUCAGAGCUAUUCCUGUUCUUAUUACACAUGCAAUAGUUAUGAGGAUUUCAAUUGCAAAACCUGUAGGAAUGUUUGUUAUAGCCAUAUUUCAUGGGUCUCAAUGAUAUCUGUUCUUUUAUUUGAUUUAUUUGCAACAUAGUAUUUCAUUAUGGAGUAAGAGUUAAUUAUAGGAAUCAUUACAUCUUGCUUUAUUAACCAUUACACCCAGAAGGAAAUGGGAACCUCCUGUCACUGAACCUUGUCAUUUAAAAGACACAUCGGAUUAAUAAAUAUCUAGUAAAUUAGGAUGAGCAGUAACCUACAACACCACAUUUUUUUCUUAUUUAAAAAGCUGGAAGCAGAAAAACUUCCAGAUGAGAAAGUGAAUAAUUUGGCAAAAUCAUACUAUGAUUUUUUUUUUUUUUUUGCAAGCUAUAAAACUUCAACAUUUUAAAUGCUAGUGAGGUUUCCCCAAGACCACAAUUUAAAAUGGUCCCGCAUUUAUUUACAUACCAGGCUUUACUGAUGAAUACAUACACAUUCCAUUGAACAGGCAUUAUUAACCUGAACGGUAAAAAAAAAAAAAAA